AUGCAUCUCAUGUACACUAUCGAUGCCACUGGCAACCGGAUUUACUCUCUCAAAAAAAUCACGGACGAUGGAAAAAUUACGAAGUCAGCACACCCUGCACGCUUCUCGCCUGAUGACAAGUUCUCUCGCCACAGAGUGACCAUCAAAAAGCGUUACGGCAUCCUUCCUACCCAGCUCCCCGCCAAACCGCUCUAA